AUGCCAGCCGCGUCCUCGCCAGCCCAUGCCGUCAAGAAAACGGACACAUUCAUGAAACGCGCCCAACCGUUCGCAGUCGGCGGUCUCUCAGGAUGCAUUGCGACGACGUGUGUACAGCCAAUUGAUAUGAUCAAGGUGCGCAUUCAGCUUGCGGGCGAGGCCGGAGGUUCAACGAACCCGUUUGCGGUCUUCCGGAACAUCACCAAGAACGAAGGAAUCACCGGCCUCUACAAAGGCCUCGACGCUGGAUUGAUCCGCCAGCUCACGUACAGCACGGCUCGUCUGGGGCUCUUUCGCAUCAUCAGCGAUGAGAUGCGCCAAACUGGGCCGAAAGACAAGAACGGCGUCGCUCCGCCUUUACCGCUGUGGAAGAAAGCCGUUGCAGGCCUCGCUGCAGGCGGUCUUGGCAGCUUUUUCGGCAAUCCCGCAGACCUUGCUCUCAUUCGUCUCCAGGCGGAUGCAACACUUCCUCCCGAGCAGCGUCGAAACUACACCGGCGUCUUGAAUGCGAUUGGCCGCAUUGUAAAAGAGGAAGGCCUUUUUGGACUCUGGCGAGGCAGCACGCCGACAGUCCUAAGAGCCAUGGCUCUGAAUAUGGGCAUGCUCGCGUCGAACGAUCAGGCGAAAGAGUUACUGGAACCCUCGUUCGGAAAAGGAUGGACGACAACACUUGGGGCAAGUGCGAUAUCAGGUUUCUUUGCUGUAACCUUUUCUUUGCCGUUCGACUUCAUAAAGACGAGGAUGCAGAAGAUGCGUCGAGACCCGGUGACCGGCGAGUUGCCUUACAAGAAUUUCUGUGAUGCCGUCAUCAAAAUCACCCGACGUGAAGGCAUCAUGUCACUCUACACUGGUUACCCCACCUACUACGUACGUAUCGCUCCGCAUGCAAUGAUUACGUUGAUUUCGAUGGAGUACCUGAACAAGAUGUGGAACAGUCCGCAUAGCGUGGAUCGUAUGAACGAGGCGCCAAAGGUCUACAGACGCGCUACCACCGUCAACGGUGGGACCUGA